AUGGCUGACAACCUGGCAGCUCUCUCCCAGCUUCUUGAAGCAAGCUUAGAUCCAAGACAGUACAAGCAAGCUGAAGCUACGCUGCGUCAAGAGGAGACAAAGCCCGGCUUUUCCAUCCUUCUCCUUCAAAUUACCGCUUCCUCUUCCACUCCAUACAACACCCGUCUAGCGAGCGCAUUAUGCUUUAAGAACUUUAUCAAGCGCAAUUGGACAGAUGAGGAUGGGAAUUAUAAGUUGCCGCUCGACGAGGUAGCCACCAUCAAGCGGGAGUUGAUAAGCCUGAUGAUAUCCGUCCCCGCGGGAAUCCAGACUCAAUUGGGCGAGGCUGUAAGCGUAAUAGCUGACAGUGACUUUUGGGAAAGAUGGGAUACCCUUGUUGAUGAUCUUGUUUCUAAAUUCUCGCCUGACAACACCAUUGUGAACAUCGGUGUUCUACAGGUGGCACACUCCAUUUUCAAAAGAUGGCGGCCUCUAUUCCGGUCAGACGACUUAUACACGGAGAUCAACCAUGUUCUGCAGAAGUUUGGGAAUCCAUAUCUGUCUCUUCUUGAGUCCCUUGAUACCUUCCUUGAACAGAACAAAUCCAAAAAGGAACAACUUACGCAGGGUUUCACUCAACUCAAUUUGAUGAUAAAGUUGCUAUACGACCUCUCCUCGCAUGAUUUACCCCCAAUGUUCGAGGAUCACCUACAAGCUAUCGCAGCCGUUCUUUUAAAGUAUCUGAUGUACGACAAUGCGCUGCUCUAUACAGACGACGAAUCGGAGUCGGGACAACUAGAAUUCGUGAAGGCCGGCAUCUUUGAGAUUCUGACUCUCUAUGUACAGAAGUAUAUUGAUGUCUUUGGAACCCAUGUUCAGCAGUUCAUUGGGAGUUCCUGGAACCUUCUGACUACAAUUGGACAGGACACGAAAUACGAUAUACUCGUCUCCAGGGCUCUACAGUUUCUCACUUCAAUUGCGCGGAUACCAGAGUAUGCUGUCGCAUUCCAAGAUGAGGGUACCCUGAGUCAAAUUACUGAAAAGGUAAUCCUUCCCAAUAUCAGCUUGCGCGAAUCGGAUAUUGAGAUGUUUGAAGAUGAGCCAAUUGAAUUCAUUCGGAGAGAUCUUGAGGGCUCAGAUAGCGAUACAAGGAGACGAGCUGCAACAGACUUCUUGCGACAUCUACUGGAAAUAUUUGAGCAAUCUGUCACAAAAGUCGUCACCCAGUAUUCUGACCAUUACCUGGCAGAAUACAGCAAAAACCCAUCAGAACACUGGAAAUCAAAGGAUACUGCUGUCUAUUUAUUUUCAGCUAUUGCGGCUAAAGGCGUUGCCACUGCGAUCCAUGGCGUCACCAGCACUAACAGCCUAGUGAAUAUAACGGAUUUCUUCCAAAAACACUUGGCAUCCGAUCUCGUUAUGGAGAGUGGCGUGCAUCCAAUUCUCAAAGUGGAUGCCGUCAAGUAUCUUUACGCAUUCCGGAGUCUGAUAACGAAAGAGCAGUGGCAAGAGGUUUUGCCGCUAUUGGUAAAACACCUCGGUGCGUCCGAAUACGUUGUGUACACUUACGCGGCUGUAGCGCUGGAGAGGAUCCUGUUCCUGACAGACGGCGUGGGGAAACCUGUGAUCCCACCCAGCUCCAUUACUCCAUUGGCUGGAGAUCUUCUCGAGCACAUCUUCCGAUUAAUAGAGAAAGACCCGGCCCCGCCAAAGGUCCAAGAAAACGAAUUCCUGAUGAGAUGUGUCAUGAGAGUGCUCAUCGUUAUCAAGGACGCUGUUGUUCCGCUCACUGACAGUGUUUUGCGCCAUUUUAUCACAAUUACCCAGAUUAUCAGCACGAACCCAAGUAACCCUAGAUUUUAUUAUUACCACUUUGAAGCCCUAGGUGCUCUGAUCAGAUUUGCUGCUCCUUCACAGCCAGCGAAGCUUGAGGAGACACUCUAUCCACCCUUUGUCGCUGUCCUGCAGAGUGACGUCCAGGAGUUCGCUCCGUAUGUAUUUCAGCUGCUCGCGGCGUUACUCGAGGCCAAUCCAUUCGGAACUCUUCCAGAAUACUAUCAAAACCUAAUCGCCCCGAUCAUUGCGCCCGCCAUGUGGGAGUCCAAGGGCAAUGUUCCGGCCCUCGUCCGCCUCCUGUCAUCUAUUAUCACCCGUGGAGAACAGUCGAUCAGGACAAAUAAUCAAAUAGAACCGAUUCUGGGUAUAUUUCAGAAGCUCGUCUCUUCCAAAGCAAGCGAGAGCUAUGGCUUUGAUCUUCUAGAGAGUGUCAUUGCUACUUUCCCUUCGUCCGUGCUGGAACAAUACUUCGUCCCCAUAAUCCGAAUCAUCCUCACCCGUCUUCAACACUCCAAGACAGAAAACUUCUGUCUCCGAUUUGUUCGAUUUUACCACUUCAUUUCUGCUAAUGACGCCAAAGGCUACAGCGCGGAUUUCUUCAUACAAGUAACAGAAAACGUACAAUCUGGCGUUUUCACCCCAAUCUACCUCAAUAUAAUCCUCCCCGAAACCCAAAAACUCGCCCGCCCUCUCGACCGCAAAACAGCCGUAAUCUCCUUCACAAAAACGCUCGCCAACUCCGAAGCAUUCGCCACCCGCUACAAGAAGGGAUGGGCAUUCACCUGUGAAGCCCUACUAACCCUCCUCGGCCAGUCACCCCUCCCUGCAACAAAUGGUGACAUCAUUGCGGAAAACGACGUUGAGGAUAUGGCGUUUGGCGUCGGUUUUACGCAACUGAACACCAUCCGGCCGACGCCCAGGGAUCUCCGGCCGGAUAUUGGAUCGCAGUAUAAUGUCUGGGUUGGGUCGUAUUUGAAGGAGACGGAUAAGAAGCAUGGUGGGAGGAUUUCGGCAUUUGCAGAGGAGAGGCUUAGUCCUGAGGCGAAGGUCGGGUUGGAGGCGUUGCUUAGUGGGUGA